AUGUCCAAGAUCCCUGCUGCCCUCAACCCCACCGAGGAGGACAUCUCGCUCCUCCUGGCCGCCCAGGCCCACAUCGGUACCAAGAACACCGAGAAGGCCAUGCUCCCCUACAUCUACAAGCGCCGCGCUGACGGAAUCAACCUGCUCAACAUCGGCAAGACCUGGGAGAAGAUCGUCCUCGCUGCCCGUAUCCUGGCUGCCAUUGAGAACCCGGCCGACAUCUGCGUCAUCUCGGGCCGCCCCUACGGCCACCGUGCCGUGCUCAAGUUCGCCACCAACACUGGCGCCCAGGCCAUCGCCGGCCGCUUCACCCCGGGUUCGUUCACCAACUACAUCACCCGCUCGUACAAGGAGCCGCGCGUGAUUGUGUGCACCGACCCGCGCGUCGACCACCAGGCCAUCCGCGAGGCGUCGUACGUCAACAUCCCCUGCAUCUCGUUUGCCGACUCCGACUCGCCGCUCAAGUUCGUCGACGUCGCCAUCCCCGGCAACGUCCGCGGCCGCCACUCGGUCGGUCUCCUCUGGUGGCUCCUCUGCCGCACCGUCCUCCGCCUCAAGGGCCAGGACCUCACCGUCAUGCCCGACAUGUUCUUCUACCGCGACCCCGAAGAGAUUGAGCGCGAGGCCCAGGAGUCGGCCGCCGCCGCCGCCGCUGCCAAGGAGGGCGGUGACGCCACCGUCGAGGCCGCCGGCGACGUCAACACCGAGGUCCCCCUCGCCGUUGCCGCCAACCUCGCCGCCGAGGGCGCUACCGUCGACUGGUCCGCCGAGGGCGCCCAGGACUGGGCCGCUGACGGCGCCGCCGAGCCCACCACCACCUCGUGGGACUAA